GGUGGGGCCUGGGCGCGCAGCUCCCGCGGGCCCGGCUCGCUCUGCGGGAAUGUGGACUGGAGUGGUCCCGCUGCGGGGCCGGGGUGCAGCAAGCCACAGGGUCGAUCCAUAGCGCCAUGGCCUGCAUCCUCAAGAAGAAGUCUGUGGUUGUGGCGAGCUUCACAGCGCUGUGCCUCUUGCUGCUGGCUAUGCGCCUCGUCAACGACAUGAAUUUCCCUUUGCUACUGAGCUGCUUUGGACAACCCGAGACAAAAUGGAUCCCACUGCCCUACACAUUCAGGCAGCCUCUUCGGAUUCACUAUGGAUACAUCAAUGUGAGGACCCAAGAGCCUUUGCAGCUCGACUGUGACCACUGCGCCAUAGUGUCCAAUUCAGGUCAGAUGGUGGGCCAGAAGGUGGGCGAGGAGAUAGACCACUCUUCCUGCAUUUGGAGAAUGAACAACGCCCCCACCAAGGGCUUUGAGGAAGACGUCGGCCACGUGACGAUGGUUCGCGUCGUAUCGCACACCAGUGUUCCUCUUUUGCUAAAAAACCCUGACUAUUUUUUCAAGGAGGCAAGUGCCACCAUUUAUGUUAUCUGGGGCCCUUUCCGCAACAUGAGGAAGGACGGGAAUGGCAUUGUGUACAACAUGCUGAAAAAGACAGUUGAUAAUUAUCCGAACGCACAGAUUUACGUGACCACGGAGCAGCGGAUGAGUUACUGUGAUGACGUCUUUAAGGAGGAAACUGGGAAAGACCGGGUCCAGUCCGGCUCCUAUCUCAGCACGGGCUGGUUUACCUUUAUCCUGGCCAUGGACGCCUGUUACAGUAUCCACGUCUACGGGAUGAUAAAUGAUACCUACUGCAAGACAGAAGGGUAUAGGAAAGUCCCCUACCAUUACUACGAGCAAGGGAAAGAUGAGUGUAAUGAGUAUCUUCUCCACGAACACGCCCCCCAUGGGGGACACCGGUUCAUCACCGAGAAGAGAGUGUUUGCCAAGUGGGCCGAGAAGCACAGAAUAAUCUUCACACACCCAAACUGGACCGUGUCCUGAUGUUGUGUCCCCGAUCGCGGCACUGCAGCUCUGAAGAUGACAGCAGUCAAGCUUGUUCAUGACCAUCACGGUCCUGACCGCUCUCUGAUGGGGAUGGCGACUCUGCUAGCAAUCCGGACUCGGCGUUCUGUGGGAGGGGCUCCCGUUCAUUCUGUUCUCUCUGGUGGUUCAGCCCUACAUACUGCACUUUAUGACUCACCUGUAGAAGGCCAAUGGCAUGGUAGCUGUGACUACAGAAAACAGGAAGAUCGUCUUUCAAGCUAGCCACUCAGAGUUCCUGACAGAGGCGUCUGGAAGAGACAGAUGUGGCCUUCUCAGCCAAGGUCACUCAGUGUGUGGGCAGCUCCACCAUCUUGGAAAAAUGGCUGACUACCAAACACUGUCCCAAGUGAUUCUAUCAGGGUAUAGAUAUCUUGCCACAGUUACUGGUUAGCCUGAGAGAGGGUAGGCGUCUCUCUUUGAUGCCGUCUUCCUUCCAUAUGUCUCACAGCUAAAGCCUCAGGCCACCUACCUGAUUAAAUGUAGCAAUGAAGGUGUUGCGUAAUUCCUGCCCCUUGGGAUUCCUGGACUAUCUCAGACACUUGACUCAAAAGGUAUCAAGUAGCAGGUAUUGACAAACUUUCACUCUGUUGGCUGUGCUCUUCCUACUCAAAACAGCAUAACUAAGCAUAUUAGACCGAUUACCUACAUUAAUGUUUAGUUAUUUUUGCUCGAGUACUAAAUAUUAACGUGCUAGCUGUACAGCUGCAGCACUGUAGAAACACAUACUGUGAAAGCAUUUCUGAAACAUAACCAAAGGGUUUCCUCGCUCUGCUUCCACACCCAAUUCUGCAAAACGAUGCGCUUUGUGACAUCGUGAGACAGGGAGAGCAGACCAUAUUUUUGCAUUAAUUUGUAUCCUACCAUAUUCAUAAUAUAUAUUUUUAAAUUCAAAUUUCUAUUUUAUAAUCCCAAGGCGUGUCUCUCCAUAUACAUUAUCAAUGCCAAGUGCCAAAUGUUAGACAUGAAAAGUUCUUUUAUAUCAUUAAAUCCUACUGGCGCUCUUGCCUUUGAGGCUGAUCGUCUC